UUGAAGAUACGUAGCCACAUUUCAUAUCCCCCUCCGGCCUCGGGCUCGGACUGUGAAAUCUGUUUCCCACUGAUCUUACGGUGUGGCGAUGGCAACACAAAAAUUAAUUUAAUCUUCAUCAUCUCUUCAAAAACUUUGACCGUACAAACUUGAAAAUCUGUGAAACUGAAACAGCAACAGACAAAGAAAAUCCCAAUUCCAAGAGACAACUCCAUAGAUCCUUUGCUCAAAUUUGCAGCAAAAUCACCGCAACCUGAUUGCUAUGUCGAGUCGGCGAAUCAUUACGUUCUUAGCAGACUGUUGAUCACUGUUGGAAAAUUAUUGUUCGUUUUGAUUUUGAUUGACGCUAUGGUUUAGAAAGAGUUGAAUUCAGAUUAUUAACGUGUUAUAGCUCUGCCGGAGAACGAUGGCGUCGGAAUCGACGUCUUUAGACUCGAUUCUUCUGGAGGAUUUUGGUCAGAAGGUUGACCUGACUCGGCGGAUUCGUGAGGUGCUUCUUAACUAUCCUGAGGGGACUACAGUUCUCAAGGAGUUGGUGCAGAACGCCGAUGAUGCAGGCGCCACUAAGGUUUGCCUCUGUCUUGACCGUAGAGUCCAUGGCCGUGAGUCGCUGUUGUCGGAGUCACUGGCACCGUUUCAAGGGCCUGCGCUUUUGGCCUAUAACAAUGCGGUAUUUACAGAAGAGGAUUUUGUCAGCAUUUCGAGGAUUGGUGGGAGCAAUAAGCAUGGUCAAGCCUGGAAGACUGGUCGGUUUGGGGUUGGUUUCAACUCCGUGUACCAUUUAACUGAGCUGCCUUCAUUUGUUAGUGGAAAAUAUGUUGUAAUGUUUGAUCCUCAGGGCAUUUACCUUCCUAAGGUUUCUGCAUCAAAUCCUGGAAAGCGAAUCGACUUCAUACGUAGCUCUGCCAUCUCAAAAUAUAGAGAUCAGUUUCUUCCUUAUUGCGCUUUUGAUUGUGACAUGGAAAGUUCUUUUGCUGGAACUUUAUUUCGGUUUCCAUUAAGAAAUGCAGAUCAAGCAGCUAGAAGUAAAAUUUCAAGGCAAGCUUAUACAGAAGAAGAUAUUUCUUCCAUGUUUGCUGAACUUUAUGAAGAAGGAGUCUUGACGUUGCUCUUUUUGAAAAGUGUUUUAUGUAUUGAAAUGUUUGUAUGGAAUGAUGGUGAGACAGAACCACAGAAGCUUUAUUCAUAUUUUGUGCGUUCAGCAAACAGUGAUAUUAUUUGGCAUAGGCAGAUGUUACUACGGUUAUCAAAAUCAACAACUUCCACUCAGCAUGAGGUAGAUCGGUUUUCGCUUGAAUUCUCAAGUCAAGCUAUGACUGGGACUCAAAUAGAGGAAAGGAUUGAUAGCUUUUUUAUAGUUCAAACUAUGGCAUCAGCUACUAGUAGGAUCAGCUCUUUUGCUGCUACUGCAUCGAAAGAGUAUGACAUUCACUUGCUACCUUGGGCAUCGCUUGCUGUUUGCACAUCUGAUGACUCCUCAAAUGUAACCUCAGACAGUGUUCUCAAACUUGGUCGGGCCUUCUGUUUCCUCCCUUUGCCAGUAAAAACUGGUCUAACUGUUCAAGUAAAUGGAUUUUUUGAGGUCUCAUCAAAUCGUCGUGGAAUUUGGUAUGGGGCUGACAUGGAUAGGACUGGGAAGAUUCGUUCAAUCUGGAACAGACUCCUUUUAGAGGAUAUUAUUGCUCCUGCAUUUAUAGAACUGCUGAUUGGCGUGCAAGUAUUACUAGGUCCAACAGAUACUUACUUUUCCUUGUGGCCUAGUGGUUCAUUUGAGGAGCCAUGGAACAUAUUGGUUGAGCAAGUAUACAAAAGUAUCAGCAACGCUUUUGUUUUGCAUUCAGACGUUGAAGGUGGAAAAUGGGUGUCACCAAAUGAAGCUUUUCUUCAUGAUGACAAAUUCGCAAGAAGUAUGGAACUUGGUGAGACUCUGGUGCAUCUAGGAAUGCCUAUUGUGCACCUUCCUGAAAAUUUGUCUAACAUGCUUUUAAAGUUUUGCUGUACUUUUCAACAGAAAGUGGUUACACCCUGUACAGUUCGUCAUUUUCUUAGGGAAUGUAAACAUGUUUUUACUCUGAACAGACCUUACAGACUUGUAUUGUUAGAAUAUUGCAUUGAAGAUUUGAUUGAUGCUGAUGUUUGUACACAUGCAUUUGGCUUACCUUUACUUCCCCUGGCAAAUGGUGAUUUUGGGUCAUUUUCAGAAGCCUCCAAAGGGAUCUCUUACUUUAUCUGUGAUGAGUUGGAAUAUAAGCUACUGCACCAGAUUUCUGAUAGAGUAAUAGAUCGGAAUACACCUCUCACUAUAUCAACUAGACUUUCAAAUAUUGCCAGGUCCUCAAAAUCAAAUCUGUUUAUUUUGAAUGUGCAUUAUUUUCUCCAGCUGUUUCCAAAAUUUGUGCCUGCUGAUUGGAAGUACAGAAAUGAAGUGUUUUGGGACCCUGAGUCCUGUAGCAACCAUCCUACUUCGUCAUGGUUUUUGCUAUUUUGGGAAUAUCUUCGUGAUCAUUGUGAAAAAUUGUCCUUAUUUAGCGACUGGCCCAUUUUGCCAUCCAAAUCGAGAUAUCUUUAUAGGGCCACUAAACAAUCAAAAGUGAUUAAUGUGCAGAAGCUUUCUCACGAGAUGCAAAAUAUACUUGGUAAGCUUGGAUGCAAGUUGCUAGAUCCAUACUAUAAGGUUGAACACCGAGACUUAAUUCACUAUGUAAAUGAUGGUAACUGCACAGGCGUUUUGGACUCUAUCUACGAUGCAAUUUCUUCAACUGGUGGUUUAAUGCUGACUUCACUCUACAAUUUAGAGGUGGAAGAGAAGGAUGGGCUGCGUAGGUUUCUUCUUGAUCCUAAAUGGUAUCUUGGAGGCUGUAUGAAUGAUAAUGAUUUAGGCAAGUGCAGGAGACUGCCAAUUUUUAAAGUCUAUAAUGGAGGUUCUUCUCAAGAUUUUUGUUUCUCAGAUCUCGAAGACCCUCGAAAGUACUUACCGCCUUCAGAUGUGGGAGAGUGCUUUCUUGGAGUAGAGUUUAUUAUCAGUUCCUCAGAUAGUGAAGAAGAGAUUUUGUUAAAAUACUAUGGGAUCAAAAAGAUGGGAAAGGCAUCUUUCUACAGGAAGUAUGUAUUAAACCAAGUCGGGCAGUUGCAGCCUGAACUUCGUGACAGUACCAUGCUUUCUCUUUUACUAAACCUUCCACAACUAUGUACUGAAGAUGUAACUUUCAGGGAAUGUUUGUCAAAUUUGGAUUUUAUUCCAACUUCAAGUGGAACUCUUAAGUGCCCUGCUGUAUUAUAUGAUCCUCGUUAUGAAGAACUGUGUGCUUUACUAGAUGACUUCGAUAGUUUUCCUUCCACUCCUUUCAACGAAUCUUACAUUCUGGACAUUCUACAAGGUUUGGGCCUUAGAACAUGUGUAUCCCCUGAGACCAUUGUGCAAAGUGCUCUACAUGUGGAAAGAUUCAUGCAUAAGGAUCAAAAUAAGGCUCAUUCAAGGGGCAAGGUUCUUUUAUCAUACUUAGAAGUUAAUGCAAUUAAAUGGCUUCUCAAUCCGACAAACGAAGAUCAAGGGAUGGUGAACCGAUUGUUUUCUACAGCUGCAACUGCAUUUAAACCACGUAACUUCACUUCCGAUCUCGAAAAGUUCUGGAAUGAUCUUCGUAAAAUUUCCUGGUGCCCAGUAUUACUUUCUCCUCCUUUUGAAACCUUACCCUGGCCUGUUGUCUCAUCCAUGGUAGCUCCCCCAAAACUUGUGAGAUUGCCUAGAGACUUGUGGCUUGUUUCAGCAAGCAUGCGAAUACUGGAUGGUGAGUGUUCUUCUUCGGCUUUAGCACACAGUCUUGGUUGGUCUUCUCCCCCUACUGGCAGUAUUAUUGCUGCUCAGCUUCUUGAGCUUGGAAAAAACAACGAGAUUGUAUAUGACCAGAUGCUCAGGAAAGAACUAGCUUUGGCAAUGCCAAGAAUAUAUGCGUUGCUGACAAGUUUGAUUGGUUCAGAUGACAUGGAUGUUGUAAAAGCUGUGCUUGAAGGUUGUCGGUGGAUUUGGGUUGGAGAUGGGUUUGCAACAUCCAAAGAGGUUGUACUUGAGGGUCCUCUUCAUUUAGCUCCUUAUAUUCGUGUUAUACCUAUUGAUUUGGCAGUUUUUAAAGAUUUGUUUUUAGAACUUGGAAUCCGGGAAUUUCUGAAUCCCAAUGAUUAUGCUGAUAUUUUGUCUAGAAUGGCAACAAGAAAAGGUUCUUCUCCUCUGAACACACAGGAACUGAGGGCAGCCAUUCUCAUUGUACAACAUUUGGCUGAAGCUCAACUCCCAAAGCAACAAAUUAAUAUAUAUUUACCUGAUAUUUCAGGUAGACUUUUGCCAGCCAGCAACUUAGUUUACAAUGAUGCUCCCUGGUUACUGGGCACAGACAAUACUGAUGUUUCAUAUGACGGGGAAUCAACUGCUUUCUUGAGUGCAAGGAAGACAGUUCAAAAGUUUGUCCAUGGGAACAUAUCCAAUGAUGUUGCGGAGAAGCUUGGUGUCUGCUCACUUCGUAGGAUUUUAUUAGCUGAGAGUGCUGAUUCUAUGAAUUUGAGCUUAUCUGGAGCUGCCGAAGCUUUUGGGCAGCAUGAAGCCUUGACAAACAGACUUAGACAUAUACUUGAAAUGUAUGCUGAUGGUUCUGGUAUUCUAUUUGAGCUGAUUCAGAAUGCAGAGGAUGCAGGUGCCUCUGAAGUGAUAUUUCUUUUGGACAAAACUCAUUAUGGAACAUCUUCAGUAUUGUCUCCUGAAAUGGCUGAUUGGCAAGGACCAGCUUUGUACUGUUAUAAUGACUCUGUUUUUAGUUCUCAAGAUCUCUAUGCAAUUUCACGUGUCGGUCAAGAGAGUAAGCUGCAAAAACCAUUAUCCAUUGGAAGAUUUGGUUUGGGCUUUAAUUGUGUAUAUCAUUUUACAGAUAUCCCCACAUUUGUUUCUGGGGAGAAUGUUGUUAUGUUUGAUCCUCAUGCUUGUAAUUUGCCUGGGAUCUCUCCUUCACACCCGGGUCUCCGGAUAAAGUAUGCUGGAAGAAAAAUUCUGGAACAAUUUCCCGAUCAAUUUUCUCCGUACUUGCAUUUUGGUUGUGACAUGCAGAAGCCAUUUCCUGGCACACUCUUUCGUUUUCCCCUUAGAAGUCCAGCUCUUGCUUCCAGAAGUGAAAUCAAGAAAGAAGGUUAUGCACCUGAAGAUGUUAUUUCACUUUUUUAUUCUUUUUCUGAAGUUGCUUCUGAUGCUUUGGUUUUCCUCACCAAUGUCAAAACUAUUUCCAUAUUUAUAAAGGAUGAUAUAGGACAUGAAAUGCAAUGCCUAUAUCGUGUGCAUAAAAAUACUAUCAGUGAACCUACAACAAAAUCUAGUGCACAGCAGGAUAUUAUGAGCUUUAUUUAUGGAAACCGCCGAGGUGAAAUGGACAGAGAACAGUUCCUAAUGAAAUUAAAUAAAUCUAUCAACAGAGAUCUCCCACAUGUGUGCCAAAAACUUAUUAUCACGGAGAAAAGUUCUGGCGGUGACAUAUUGCAGCACUUCUGGAUAAGCUCUGGAUGUUUAGGUGGUGGGCUCCCGAGAAACAACUCAGGCGGGGGUGACAAGUCCUAUAAUUUUAUUCCAUGGGCUAGUGUUGCUGCACUUUUACAUUCUGUAAAGGUAAACGUGGAAAUGAACCAUGACCCAGAGACUGAAAAUAAUUGGCUAAUUGCUUCUGAUUUAGUUCAAGUUUCUUCUGCUUCUGAACAAGACAGGAAGCCUUUGGAAGGACGUGCUUUCUGCUUUCUACCAUUACCUAUUAAAACUGGUCUCCCUGUACAUGUCAAUGCAUAUUUUGAGCUUUCAUCAAAUCGAAGGGACAUCUGGUAUGGAGAUGACAUGGCAGGGUGCGGAAGAAAACGUUCAGAAUGGAAUUCUUACCUUCUUGAAGAUGUUGUUGCCCCAGCUUAUGGUCGCUUGCUUGAAAAGGUUGCAUCCGAGAUUGGUCACUUUGGUUUAUACUCCUCAUUUUGGCCGGCAGCAGCAGGAUUAGAACCUUGGGGAUUGGUAGUGCGAAAACUCUAUAGCUUUAUUGGUGAUUUUGGUCUACUUGUUCUAUAUACAAAUGCUAGGGGAGGCCAGUGGAUUUCCGCUAGACAAGCCAUAUUUCCUGAUUUUUCUUUUGACAAAGUGCAUGAGCUUAUCGAAGCAUUAUCUGAUUCUGGCCUGCCGGUCAUUUCUAUUUCGAAGUCAAUUGUUGACAGGUUCAUGGAGGUACGUCCGUCAUUACAUUUUCUGACUCCUCACUUGUUAAGAACUCUGUUGAUUAAAAGGAAGCGCGCAUUUAAAGACAGGAAAGCAACCAUCUUGACCCUUGAAUAUUGUUUAGUUGAUUUGAAAUUGCCUAUACAAUCCGACAGUCUGUGCGGAUUGCCUCUACUACCUCUUGUUGAUGGUUCAUUUACCUCAUUUCACAAGAAUAGGAUUGGAGAAAGAAUUUAUAUUGCCAAGGGAGAUGAAUAUGGCCUUCUCAAGGAUUCCGUUCCCAGCCAACUUGUGGACCCUGAUAUACCAGAAGUAGUUCAUGCAAAGCUCUGUGAGGUAGCCCAAACUGAGGAUUUAAAUCUUUGUUUUCUUUCAUGCCAUUUGCUCGAGAAAAUCUUCCUUAGAUUUCUUCCCACAGAAUGGCAAAAUGCUAGACAGGUGAACUGGAAUCCUGGUCAUCAGGGUCAACCUAGCUUGGAAUGGAUAAGAUUGAUGUGGUGCUACCUCAAGUCGCAUUGCAAUGAUCUAUCUCAGUUUUCCAAGUGGCCUAUACUGCCCGUAGGGGAAAAUUCUCUACUGCAACUUGUUGAAAAUUCAAAUGUUCUUAGAGCUGAUGGUUGGAGUGAGAACAUGUUUUCGUUGUUGCUGAAAGUGGGGUGUUUGUUUUUGAGGCGUGAUAUGCCAGUAGAACAUCCACAACUGGAAAACUUUGUGCAUCCUUCAACAGCAAUCGGCAUUCUAAAUGCUUUUCUGUCUAUUGCUGGUGAUAUUGGAAAUGUUGAAAGGCUAUUUCAUGAUGCAUCUGAAGGUGAGCUGCAUGAGUUCCGGAGUUUUAUUCUUCAGUCAAAAUGGUUUCUUGAAGAAAAAAUGGAAGCAAUUCAUGUUGAUAUUAUCAAACGCAUCCCCAUGUUUGAGUCGUACAAGUGUAGAAAAUUAGUAAGUUUGAGUAAACCUGUAAGAUGGAUAAAACCCACUGGUCUAUGUGAGGAUUUUCUGAAUGAUGAUUUUGUGCGCGUAGAAUCAGAAAAAGAGAGAAUCAUUUUGAAAAGAUACUUCGGGAUCGGGGAACCAUCAAGGGUAGAAUUCUACAAAGAUUAUGUUCUUAACCAUAUGUCGGAAUUCCUUUCUGAAAGGGAAGCUAUUUCAACCAUUCUGCUCGAUGUGAAGCUUUUAAUUGAAGAGGAUGUCUCUCUCAAAUCUUCAGUUUCGACGAUACCAUUUGUUUUGACUGGCAAUGGAUCUUGGCGACCACCAUCAAGGCUAUAUGAUCCUCGAGUACACGAGUUAAAAAACAUGCUGCAUGAAGAAGCCUUUUUUCCAUCUGAAAAAUUUUCAGAUGACGUCAUUUUAGAUGCUUUAGUCAGCCUUGGACUUAAAAGAUCCCUUGGUUUGUCUGGCUUGCUAGAUUGUGCUAGAUCAAUUUCAUUGUUGAAUGAUUCUAAAAAUUCUGAAUCAAAAAGUUAUGGAAGGAGAUUUUUUGUGUGUUUAGAUGCUCUUGCACACAAGCUCUCAAUCAAUGUGGAAGGAAAUUGUUAUGAACUACAGAAUUCUAUGUUAUUUAAGAGUGACCAUGUGGAUGAUGAUGCUUCCGUGCAAGUUAGCUCUCUCAAUAGAGAGGAUACCUCUGGUAUGGGCAUUGAUUCCAUAAUAGGGAACUUGACUGGUGAUGGAACGGAGGAAGAAUUUUGGUCUGAAAUGAAGACAAUAGCUUGGUGCCCUGUUUUUGCCAAUUCACCUGUAAAGGUACUUCCAUGGUUGAAAACCAGUAAUCAGGUAGCUCCACCGAGCAUUGUGAGACCUAAAUCACAGAUGUGGAUGGUCUCCUCUUCAAUGCAUAUACUAGAUGGUGUGCCUCCUUCAGUAUACUUGCAAGAUAAACUUGGUUGGACUGAUUGCCCGAGCGUUGAAGUUUUAUGUGCACAGUUGACUGAUAUUUCCAAGCUUUAUGGUGAGCUCAGGUUGCAUUCUUCAACAGGAUCUGAUGUCAAUACUGCGUUGCAAGAUGGGAUUCCCAUUCUUUACUCAAAACUGCAAGAAUAUAGAGGAACUGAUGACUUCAUGCUUUUAAAAUCUGCAUUAAAUGGUGUAUCCUGGGUUUGGGUAGGGGAUGAUUUUGUAUCCCCAAAUGCUCUUGCCUUUGACUCACCAGUAAAAUUCUCUCCUUAUCUUUAUGUUGUUCCGUCCGAAUUAUCAGAAUUUAGAGAUCUGCUUUCAGAAUUAGGUGUAAGGCUUAGUUUUAAUGUCAAGGACUACUUGGAUGUUCUACAACGCUUACACAGGGAUGUUAGAGGGUCUCCUCUAUCCACAGAUCAGAUGAACUUUGUAAUUUGUGUGCUUGAAGCUAUUUCAGACUGUUGGGUGGACAUGCCAGAGUUCACUGCCACCAGUAUCCCUUUGUUAAUUCCCAAUUCUUCUCAGGUUCUGAUGCUAGCAAGUGAUCUGGUUUACAAUGAUGCACCUUGGAUGGAAGACAACAAUAUUCUUGUUGGGAAACACUUUGUACAUCCAAGUAUCAGCAAUGAUUUGGCAGGCAGGUUGGGCGUGCAAUCCAUUCGUUGCCUCUCGUUAGUUGAUGAAGAGAUGACUAAAGACUUACCAUGCAUGGAUUAUGCCAAAAUUAGUGAUCUUCUGAAGUUGUAUGGCAAUGACUAUUUGUUCUUUGACCUUCUGGAAUUGGCAGAUUGCUGCAGAGCUAAAAAGUUGCGCUUAAUAUUUGACAAAAGGGAACAUCCUCGCCAAUCAUUACUGCAACAUAAUCUAGGUGAAUUUCAAGGUCCUGCACUGGUUGCAAUCUUUGAGGGCUCAAGCUUAAGUACCGAGGAAAUCAGUAGUUUGCAAUUUCGUCCUCCUUGGAAAUUAAGAGGCGAUACUCUUAACUAUGGUUUGGGACUGCUCAGCUGUUAUUAUGUUUGUGAUCUCCUUUCUAUUAUUUCUGGUGGCUACUUUUAUAUAUUUGAUCCCCGUGGAAUUGCUCUCUCUGUAGCUCCAAAAUCUUCUCCAGGAGCAAAGGUGUUUUCCUUGAUAGGUAGUAAUUUGAUAGAGAGAUUUAACGAUCAAUUUCAUCCUCUGUUGGGGGGUCACAAUAUGUCAUGGCCAUCAGAUUCCACCAUAAUCCGCAUGCCCCUAUCCUCAGCAUGCUUAAAAGAUGGACUUGAGUCUGGAAUAAUAAGGAUAAAGGAGAUAAGUAGCAAAUUUUUGGAUCAUGCUUCAAGGUCACUUUUAUUUUUAAAAUCAGUCGUGCAGGUUUCAUUCUCGACCUGGGACCAAGAUGGGCUUCACCCACACCAAGAUUAUUCAGUUUGCGUGAAUUUAUCAUCUGCUAUAGCAAGGAACCCAUUUUCAGAAAAGAAGUGGAAGAAGUUCCAAUUAUCAAGGUUGUUUAGCAGCUCAAAUGCUGCCACGAAAGUGCAUGCAAUAGAUGUAAUUCUACUCCAGGGAGAAACUCAAUUUGUGGACCGGUGGCUUGUGGUGCUUAGCUUGGGUUCUGGGCAAACUAGAAAUAUGGCUCUUGAUAGGCGAUAUCUUGCGUACAAUUUAACACCUGUCGCUGGAGUUGCAGCUCAUAUUUCUCGCAAUGGCCUUCCUGCUGAUAUAUAUCGAAAGAGCCCUUUGAUGGCUCCCUUUCCUUUAUCUGGUGAUAUAAUGUUACCUGUUACUGUUCUUGGAUGUUUUCUUGUAUGUCACAGUGGUGGUCGUUAUCUUUUCAAGAAUCAAGUUCUCGAAGCCUUAGUUGAACCCCUUGAUGCUGGAAAUAAGUUAGUUGAAGCCUGGAACAGGGAAUUGAUGUCCUGCGUGUGUGAUUCUUACAUUUUCAUGGUCUUGGAAAUUCACAAACAACGAAAAGAAUCUUCAAGCUCUGCAUUGGAGUCAAAUGUUAGUCAUUCCAUAACUUCGUCUUUGAAGGCAUAUGGAAAUCAAGUUUAUUCAUUUUGGCCAAGGUCUGAACCUGCAAAUGAUAGUGAUUCUGAUGUGGACAGAGGAUUGAAAGCAGAUUGGGAAUGUCUGGUUGAACAAGUAAUCAGACCAUUUUAUACUCGUGCUAUCGAUCUUCCUGUGUGGCAGCUUUACUCCGGAAAUUUAGUUAAGGCUGAAGAGGGUAUGUUUCUUGCUCAACCUGGCAGUCCCGUGGGGGGUAACUUGCUGCCAGCCACAGUUUGUAGUUUUGUCAAGGAGCAUCAUCCCGUGUUUUCGGUGCCAUGGGAGUUAAUUAAGGAGAUCCAAGCUGUGGGAAUUACAGUACGCCAAAUUAGACCUAAAAUGGUUCGGGACCUCCUCAGGGCUCCUUCAGCAUCUAUAGUUCUUCAAUCAAUUGAUACAUAUUUGGAUGUUCUUGAAUACUGCUUGUCUGAUAUUGUGUUGGCCGCAUCAUCUAGCCAUGCUGUGGAUAAUAUGGGAGGUGACUCUGUUAACACUAAUCCUGGUGGUAGGUCGACAAAUACUACAGAAGGCAGUUCAACUUCCGUUCCAGUUUCUAGCAUGCACAGUUUUGGGAGGUCAUCUAACCAGAAUGCAGCCAGUUCAGGUGAUGCUCUUGAAAUGAUGACAAGUUUGGGUAGGGCUUUACUAGAUUUUGGUCGAGGAGUCGUCGAGGAUAUUGGUAGAAAUGGAGAAUCCUUGUCUCAUGGUAAUACCUUUACUGGUAGAAAUAACAGCAGCUACAAUGUAGACAAGCAUUUUCUACAAAUGGUUUCUGAGCUCAAAGGUUUACCAUUUCCAACUGCAUCCAACAAUGUAGUAAGAUUGGGCAGCAUGGAACUUUGGCUUGGUAGUAAGGAUCAACAGGAACUGAUGAUCCCUUUGGCAGCAAAGUUUGUCCACCCUAAAAUAUUUGAUAGACCAAUUUUGGGCAAUAUCUUGACCAAUGAUGCCCUGCAUAAAUUUUUGAAACUUCGAGAGUUCUCUCUUAGCUUACUGGCAACUCAUAUGAGGUCAGUGUUCCAUGCGAACUGGGUGAAUCAUGUAAUGAACUCAAAUAUGGCUCCGUGGUUUUCAUGGGAUAAUAAAUCAAACGCUGGGGUUGAGGAGGGACCAUCCUCUGAAUGGAUAAGACUCUUUUGGAAAAUUUCUAGUGGUUCGUCACAGAACCUUUUGCUCUUUUCUGAUUGGCCACUUGUUCCUGCUUUUCUUGGCAGACCCAUCUUAUGCCGUGUAAAAGAACGUCAUCUUGUCUUUCUUCCUCCUGUCACACACCCACCUUCACCAAAUGCCAUCUCGGAGAUUGUUGCAGGGGGCAGUGAUGUGGCUGAGACAUCUUCGAGUGAGAUUUCUAAACCUGAAUCCAUUCAACCUUACACUUCAGCUUUUCAAAGAUUCCAGGACACAUAUCCUUGGCUAUUCCCUCUUUUAAACCACUGCAACAUUCCAAUAUUUGACGUAGCUUUCAUGGACUGUGCUGCUCUAUGCAACUGUCUUCCUAAUUCCAGCCAAUCAUUAGGACAAGCAAUUGCUUCUAAGUUUGUGGCUGCUAAAAAUGCAGGUUAUUUUCCUGAACUUGCAUCACUUUCAGAUUCAAAUAGUGAUGAACUUCUCAACCUUUUUGCUAAGGACUUUGUUUCAAACGGAACCAACUAUAGGAGAGAAGAGCUUGAAAUAUUACGAACUUUACCUAUAUACAGAACUGUCAUCGGAUCAUAUACACAACUGCGUGAGUAUGAGCAGUGCAUGAUCUCUUCAAAUUCAUUCCUUAAACCAUAUAAUAAAAGCUGUCUAUCUUAUUCAUCAAAUUCAAUGGAAUAUUCAUUGCUUAGAGCCCUCGGAGUCCCUGAAUUGAAUGAUCAACAAAUUUUGGUCAGGUUUGGAUUGCCUGGAUUUGAUUUCAAGCCUCAAUCGGAACAGGAAGAUGUCUUAAUAUAUCUAUAUACAAAUUGGAAAGAUCUUCAAUCCGAUGCUCAAUUAGUUGAAUGCUUGAGUGAGACUAAGUUUGUGAGGAGUGCUGAUGAAUUUUGCACAGAUUUGUUUAAAUCAAAGGAAUUGUAUGAUCCAAGUGAUGCUUUGUUAACAUCCGUCUUCUCUGGUGAAAGAAGAAAAUUUCCUGGGGAAAGGUUUGGUGCUGAUGGGUGGCUUCAAAUUCUAAGGAAAAUUGGCCUUAGAACUGCAGCAGAAGCCAAUGUCAUUCUUGAAUGUGCCAAAAAGGUAGAGACCCUAGGAAGUGAAUGGAGGAAGUCGGAGGAGGAUAGUCUUGAAUUUGACUUGACAAAUGCUCAAAAUGAAGUGCCUAUGGAAAUAUGGACUUUAGCUGGAUCUGUUGUUGAAUCUGUUUUUUCAAAUUUUGCUGUCUUUUAUAGCAACAGUUUCUGUAAUGCUCUUGGCAAUAUUGUUUUUGUUCCGGCUGAAUUAGGCUUUCCAAAUCUUGGUGGCAAUAAAGGUGGAAAAAGAGUCCUCACUUCCUACAGUGAUGCAAUUGUAUCAAAAGAUUGGCCUCUGGCUUGGAGUUGUGCUCCAAUUCUUUCCAAGCACAGCGUUAUACCUCCUGAAUACUCUUGGGGAGCACUUAAUCUGAGAAGCCCUCCAGCUUUCCCCACAGUACUAAAACAUUUACAGGUUAUCGGGAGGAAUGGUGGUGAAGACACUCUUUCUCAUUGGCCAAUAUCCAUGGGCAUAAUGUCAAUCAAUGAAGCUUCUUGUGAGGUUUUAAAGUAUCUCGAAAGGAUUUGGAGUAAUUUAGCUUCUUUAGAUAUUUUGGAAUUGCAGAGAGUUGCAUUCAUUCCUGUAGCUAAUGCAACACGCUUGGUCAAAGCUAAUGCUCUCUUUGCAAGAUUGACUAUUAAUUUAUCUCCUUUUGCAUUUGAACUUCCCAGUGGAUAUCUUCCUUUUGUGAAAAUUCUUAAAGAUUUGGGGCUUCAGGACGUAUUAUCAGUUGCUUCUGCAAAAUAUCUUCUAUCAAGUCUUCAAGUAGCUUGUGGAUAUCAACGCCUAAAUCCUAAUGAGCUUCGGUCUGUGAUGGAAAUCUUACAUUUUAUCUGUGAUGAAGCUUCUGAAGCAAAGAUGUAUGAUGGUCGGGAACCUGAAAUCAUUGUCCCAGAUGAUGGCUGUAGACUUGUUCAUGCAACAUCUAGUGUGUAUAUUGACACUUACGGUUCACGAUACAUAAAAUGCAUCGACACUUCAAGGCUAAGAUUUGUUCACCCAGAUCUUCCUGAGAGGAUAUGUAGAAUGUUGGGCAUCAAGAAACUUUCUGAUUUAGUCAUUGAGGAGUUGGAUCAUGAGGAUAGUAUAGAUCGCUUGGAGUAUAUUGGAGCAGUGUCUCUUGGAUUCAUCAAAGUGAAGCUUUUGAGCAAAUCGUUUCAGAAUGCUGUGUGGAAUGUUGUCAAUAGCAUGGUUAAUUACAUUCAUCCAAAUAAGAAUCUAGAUCUCGAAGCUGUAGAAGAAUUACUGAAAUCAGUUGCAGAGAGGCUUCAGUUUGUUAAAUGUCUCCAUACACGGUUUUUACUUCUUCCAAAUUCUAUAAACAUCACACGUCCUGCUAAAGAUUCCAUUAUUCCAGAAUGGGAGGAUGGAAGCCAUCAUAGAGCUCUUUACUUUAUUAAGCAAUCAAAAACUUGUAUUUUGGUUGCUGAGCCCCCUGCUUAUAUAUCAGUCUUUGAUGUCAUUGCCAUUGUUGUGAGCCAGAUUUUAGGAUCAUCUAUUCCCUUGCCAAUUGGAUCUUUGCUUUUCUGCCCUGAAGGCACUGAAACUGCCAUUAUUGAUAUAUUAAAUCUUUGUUCUGAGCAGAUGGAGAAUGAAAAAUAUACUGGAAGUACUAGUUUGGUUGGUAAGGAAAUACUGCCUCAAGAUGCUCUUCAAGUACAGCUUCACCCUUUAAGACCGUUUUAUGCUGGAGAAGUAGUGGCUUGGCGGUCCAAAAGUGGAGAAAAGCUGAAAUAUGGUAGGGUCCUAGAGGAUGUUAGACCAUCAGCUGGCCAAGCACUCUACAGAUUCAGGGUAGAAACAGCAGCGGGCAUCACUCAGUCUCUUCUUUCUUCGCAAGUUUUAUCAUUUAGAAGCAUUUCCAUUGAUGGUGGCCCUUCCUCUACAAACUUGCAAGAUAAGAGUCACAUUGUAAUUGAUAGUGGUGCUUCUGCUGAAAUACGAGAGAACUCUGGAGGAGGCAAAAUACGAUCCCAGCCUGUUGCAGAGCUCCAAUAUGGCAAAGUAUCUGCUGAAGAACUGGUGCAGGCAGUUCAUGAAAUGCUUACUACUGCUGGAAUCAAUGUGGAUAUUGAGCGACAGUCCCUCUUGCAAAAGACCAUAAUCUUGCAAGAACAAUUGAAGGAUUCUCAAGCAGCUCUUUUGUUGGAACAGGAAAAGUCUGACGCUGCAGCCAAAGAAGCCGAUACAGCGAAAGCAGCAUGGCUUUGUCGGGUUUGUUUGACUUCCGAGGUAGAAAUAACCAUAGUUCCUUGUGGUCAUGUUCUGUGCCGUAAGUGUUCUUCUGCUGUCUCAAAGUGUCCAUUUUGUCGACUUAAAGUUUCGAAAAUCAUGAGAAUAUUUCGACCUUGAUCUCUGCUAAUUCAAGGAUGUAAAUUUUCCAUGAGAACAACAUGCAAAAAUGGCCAUUUUGACCUCGGAAUUAGUUGGCUAAACCUGUUGGUUUUCCCCAAAAUUAUUUGUUAUAUUUAUACAUUAGAGUCGAAAAUGUAAAUGAAAUCUUUAGUUUCCUUUUUCUGUAAACUUUGUCAUUCAUUGAUGUACAGAAAGUAUAUUGGCUAAUGUAAUUAACAUUGAUAUGGCCAAUAAGAUUUAUUCUUUAUUCGUGGAAAAA